AUGGCAUCUUUGGGUUGGACAGCUAGUGUGAACUUGCUUGGCAAAUGGAAUCUUGGACCUAACAUCGAUUCCUUCCUAACCUGGCUAGUGUCUAGCAUUUCAACCCCCCACGAUCUCAUGAAGGUGGUAGAUGUAUAUGCUAUUAAGGUUCAUGAAGCAAAAAUGAUAGACUAG